AUUACAGGGUCCCGUGACAGUCCAGGAGGGCCUGUGUGUCUUUGUGCCCUGCUCCUUCAUCUACCCGGGGAGCAAUCGGUAUCAUGGCAUUCCUGCUUAUGGCUACUGGUUCCGAAGGGACUAAUGAAUUACAAGGUCCACCCGUGGCCACAAACAACCAAGAUCGAGAAGUGCAGGAGGAGAUGCAGGGACGAUUCCAGCUCCUUGGGGAUCCCAGGAACCACAGCUGCUCCCUGGACAUCAGAGACGCACAGAGAAGAGACACAGGAAGAUACUUCUUUAGGGUGGACAGAGGGUCCUAUGGCAAAUAUAGUUACAAAUGGAACCAACUCACUGUGCAUGUGACAGCCCUCAAUAACACACCUGACAUCCUCAUCCCGGGGACCCUGGAGUCUGGCCACCCCAUGAACCUGACCUGCUCUGUGCCCUGGGCCUGUGAGCGGGGCACACCCCCCCUCUUCUCCUGGACAUCAGCUGCUCACACCUCCCUGGGCCCCAGGACCCACCUGUCCUCCAUGCUCACCCUCAUCCCACGGCCCCAGGACCACGGAACCAACCUUACCUGUCAGGUGCAGUUCCCUGCAGCAGGUGUGACUGUGGAGACAACCAUUCAGCUCAAUGUCACCUGUAUACCCCAGAACCCAGCAUUUGGUGCCUGCCAAGGAGAUGGCCCAGGGAAAUCAGGUCCUAGAACAGGAGUAGUCCUGGUGAUCAUUAUGGAAGUAGCUGCCAAGACCCUGCUCCUCUUCCUGUGCCUCAUCAUCCUCAUCUGGCAUAGCCUGUGUCCUGCUGGACUCUCCACUGGAUUCCACCCUCUUGUGGACUCUUACACCAUCUCCACACUUAGCUGGACCAUGGCCUCUCUGACUCUGAGAGUUUGCACGUGCAGUUCCUUCUGCAGAAAUGUCCUUCCCUUCAGAUUCUUAUAUAUCCAAGUGUGGUCCCUGGCUCAUGACAGAAGAUACUGGAUGACAAUACAGGGUCCCGUGACAGUGCAGGAGGGCCUGUGUGUCUCUGUGCCCUGCUCCUUCAUCUACCCGAAGAACAACUGGUAUUAUGUUCCAGCCACUGAUGGAUUCUGGUUCUUGGAUGGGGCUAAAACAGACAUGGAUGCUCCAGUGGCCACAAACAAACGAGAUCGUAAAGUGCAGAAGGAGACCCAAGGCCGAUUCCUCCUCCUUGGGGAUCCCAGGAAGCACAGCUGCUCCCUGGACAUCAGAGAUGCCAGGAGGACUGAUGAGGGACUAUAUUUUUUUCGGGUGGAGGGAGGAACUAUGCUAAAACAUUCUUUCAUACAGAACAAGCUAACCGUGCAUGUGACAGCCCUCAACCACAAACCUGACAUCCUCAUCCCGGGGACCCUGAGGUCCGGGCACCCCAUGAACCUGACCUGCGCUGUACCCUGGGCCUGUGAGCGGGGCACACCCCCCCUCUUCUCCUGGACAUCAGCUGCUCACACCUCCCUGGGCCCCAGGACCCACCUGUCCUCCAUGCUCACCCUCACCCCACGGCCCCAGGACCACGGAACCAACCUCACCUGUCAGGUGCAGUUCCCUGCAGCAGGUGUGACUGUGGAGACAACCAUCCAACUCAACGUCACCUGUGAGUCCCAGAACUCAGCCAUCAUUGUCUGCCCGGGAGACGGCCCAGGGAAACCAGGGACCAGGGCAGGUGUGGUUCGUGGGGCCGUCGGGGGAGCCGGUGUCACCGCCCUGCUGGCUGGCUGCCUCUGCACCACCUACUUCCUAGUGAAGAGGACCCAGAAAAAGAAAGCAGCCAGGCCAGCAGGGGACAAGGACGACCCCUACACUGACAUGGCACCAGCUCCCAUGGGACACCAGAUGAAGCCCAUGUUAGACAGCCCUGCUGACCCCACACACUCUACAGAAGACAGCGGGACCUUGGGAACAGAGCCAGAGGUGUAUUACGCCUCCAUCAGCUUUCAGAAAUGUGGAGAAACUUAUUCUACAAAGGCUGGGCCAGCUCCCCCACUGGGGCUGCCCACUUCCUCCUCACAGAUCGUCACCUUUCUCCCUUCCCCCUGGCUUCCUGUUGGGACUUCCUCUCAGUCCUGUGACACCAAGACCCUGACACUUACCCCAGAGAUGCUGCUGCUGCUGCUGGCCCUGCUGUGGGCAGGGUCCCUGGCUGAGGAUGGAGGAUUCCAGCUGCAAGUGCAGGGGUCUGUGAGGGUGCAAAAGAGCCAAUGCAUCUCUGUGCCCUGCACUGUGAUCUACCCCAAGAAAGGCUGGACUGACUCUACACCAGCUCAUGGCUACUGGUUCCGGGAAGGCGCCAAGGCAGGCGUGGAGGAUCCUGUGGCCACAAACAACCCCAAUCGUAAAGUUGCGUUGGACACCAGGGGCCGAUUCCACCUCGUGGGGGACCCCCGGACCUAUAGCUGCUCCCUGCACAUCAGAAAUGCACAGAGUAGAGACACAGGGGGAUACUUCUUUAGGGUGGAGAGAGGACCCUAUGUGAAAGAAAAUUAUAAAAACAACAUGCUCUCUCUUCAUGUAACAGGUCACACACCAGCACCUGACAUCCACAUCCAGGGGACCCUGCAAUCUGGCCACCCCAACAACAUUACCUGUACAGUGUCAUGGGACUGUGACAGAGAGACACCACCCGUCUUCUCCUGGAUGGAGGCCAACCUCACCUCCCUGGGUCUCAGGACUCCCAACUUCUCAGUGCUCACCCUCACACCAGGGCCCCAGCACCACGGCACCAACCUCACCUGUCGGGUGGCCUUGCCAGGUGGUGAGAUCCAGGAGAGGACUGUCCAGCUCAGCGUGACCUACCCCCCACAGCUGCAGGGACCCUCCUGCUCGUUGGAGGAUGGGGGUCUGCACUGCACCUGCUCCUCGAAAGCCCAGCCGAUCCCCUUGCUGCGCUGGUGGCUGGGGGAGGGCCUGCUGGAGGGGAACCACAGCAAUGCCUCCCACACAGUCACCUUCCACUCAGCAGAGCCCUGGGCCAACAGCUCCCUGAGUGUCCGUGGGGAGCUUACAUCCAACCUCAGGCUCCGAUGUGAGGCCCAGAACGCCCAUGGGAAGGAGACAGGGACUGUCCUGCUGCUGCCAGGGAGACCAGGACAUAGGACAGGAGUGAUUCAGGGGGCUGUCGGGGGAGCUGGUGCCACAGCCCUGCUGGCCAUCUGCCUGGGCCUCAUCAUACUGAGGACCUACAGGAAGAAAUGGGCAGAGAAAGCAGAGAGCCAGGAAGGCACCUCCCAGGGUCACCUGAAUGCACCCUCCUCCCAACACCUGCCCCCAGCACCGGCCGCCUCCCCCUCUGAGCAUGAGCUCCAUUACGCUGCUCUCAGUUUCCACAACAUGAAACUACACAACCCCCAGGCCCAGGAGACCCCGUACUCUGAGGUCAAGCUCUGGAAAUGAUGGUGCACCCCCACCUACAGUAGCUGGCUGGGGAGCCCAGAGAAAGCAUCUCUGCAAAGAAGGUGUGUCAGGGUCGGAUUCCUAAACAGUUAACAGCCCUCUGAGCCAAAGGCCAUGAAUGGAAACCUGAAGUUCCUUGGAGUGGCUGAGGUUGCGGAGAUUUCUGGGCUUGAAUCCAGGCCCAGCUACUUACUGAGGGUGUUCCAGCAGGCAAGUCACUUCAUCUCUGUGUGCCUCAGUUUCCUGCUCUGUAACAUGGGGGAUAAUUUGAUGACCUACAUUGUUAGGUGAGAAAACAUGCACCAUUUGCAUUAAGGACACUGUCAUGUACUAAGUUCACCUCGGGAUGGAGCAGAAAUGUCACUUUUUGCACUACCUCUAUCUUUUGUUUGGUUGAUGAUUUUUAAGAACUUGUGUUAUCUUCAUUGGGUAAAGAGGAACUUGUAUUAUUUAAAAAUAUUUCUAUUUCUAAAUGUAACUCUUUGGCAGGAUAAGAUAUUUCCCAGUACAAGUAUGUAACAAAGGUUCAUCCAGAGUAAAUAAAGACUGUGUAAAGAUCUUCCAAAAAUCAACAAGAAAAAGACAGACCACCCAAGAGAAAAAAACGGGAUAUGCUAACGGAUAAUAAGCACCUAGGAAGGCGGCAGGCUUCAGUAGUGGUCAGGGGACUGCAAAUAGAAUCUGUGGUGCUGUACCACCACACAGCCACCACACUGGGGAAAAUAAUAAAAUACCAGGUGCUGAGAACAUUGCACUGAGUGAAGAAAGAGCCAGUCACAGAAAGACAGGUACUGUGAUCCCAGCUACACACUGUAUCUGCAGCCAUUAAACUCUGAGAAACAGAGG